UUAUAUUAUAACGAUGGUCAGCACAUAGUAAAUGGCAAAUAUCUAGUAGUUUGACAGAGGAAUACAGUAUUCAAGUAAUCUUUCAAGUUCGUGGUAGAAUUUAACACUAAGAAACACUCAGAAAAAAUAUGACAUAAAAUGCAGAGGCAUUGGACGAGUCCUCGGGUAUCAGUUGGUAUUAAACGAAACACACAUAUGACAAUAAUUUGAAGUGUGCAGAGUGUAAAAGGAAACAUCAUCUCAGUUAAAUAAUCGAUAUAUUUCCCAAAGUACAUUUGAACGAAUAAAUUCAGACUAAUAUUAUAUAUUGUUUCUAUGCUCUGUAGAAUUAUAAAUAUAACAGUUCAGUAUUUGUGACGCACAAACAUUACAUCUUAUGUAACAAAACAGCGUUAGGCGGGCGUCACAUCCUUCCGAAUUUAGAAACCGAAACUGCUCGUUCGAUAAGGUGGUAACAGCAGAAAUCCACAAAUCGUUAUUUCUAUAUAUCUAUAUUCCUUGUACAUCGUCUUCACUAUGUCAUUGGGAGAGAUAAACAACAAUAAAAACUCGACCGAAUGCCAUAAAAAAUCAAAUUCAGAGGAAUUGCAACACAAACUCGUAUAUUACCCAGAAUGGUUUCCAAUAAAUCCCCAUUUCCUCAUUCACCAGAGACAUCCUACGCCAUCGGUAUGGGGAUGCUUGAAAUCAACAUGCGAAAAGAACUCAGAGAUGGCUUGUGUCUGGUCCCAUUUAAUAGCGUUUGUAAUCACCGCUGUCGCAUAUUAUUAUUUUCUACAUCUACCAUCUGAAUAUUUUAUUCGAGAGUGGGAAGAAAAAUUUGUUAUAAGCUUUGCGUUUAUUGGAACUUGCACUUGUUGUCUUCUAUCUACAUUUUUUCAUACUUUCUAUCAUUAUUCGGAGCAAGCGUUUGAAUGCACUUUGAAAAUUGAUCUUUGUGGAAUUGUUGUGGGAGUCAAAGGAGGUUGGGUCGCCUGGUUAUAUUACUCUUUCUACUGCGAAACUAUGCUUCGGAAUUUCUACUUGGCUGUAGUUUUUAUAAAUGCAGUGGGCUGUGCCUACAGUAUGACGAGGAGCCACUUACUAAGAGAAGAAAAAACAAAGGAUCGAACAAGAAUAGCAGUGUUCAUGUUUUCUCUCUGUUUACCUGGAUAUGCAAGGAUAUUCUACAAUGACGGUAUAAUACCAGCAAUGAAUAAUGGUCAUAACUGGACUUUUUUCGGCUUUGUUGUCAUGAUAAUGGGUUUAUAUGCAUAUUCUGAAAAAAUCCCCGAAAGUUGGUAUUCUGGAACAUACGACCAUGUGAUUAAUAGUCACGUGUUAUUUCAUUUCGCUGCUUCAAUAUGUAUGUGGUCCGUGACACUGACGUUGUGGUUUCUACGUCAACAAAGGUUGGAACUAGGAGAUACAUGUCCCAACUCAUAGUGACAUCAGAUAAUGUUUCAGAGCAGUUUUUAUUGCGACCAUUCUGCACCAGCCAAGUCCGAUCAUGUUUUGUAAGGGUGUUCAAUGAAAUGGAAAUAGGAUAAUUUUCUGGUAUAGAGCCUAUGCAAACAUAUAACUGGUUAAUUAAUCCCAUAUCCAAGACGGGCUGAUAACCGGACGAAAAGGGAUGGUUCGUCAUAUGAUAACUCAUAUCAUCGACCUUCCCUUCCCCGGGAUAAAUAUGGAAAUUUCAUCAUAUCCUUCAUAUUUUGCAGUUCCGCAUUUUAGACUUUCCGAAGUGACCGUUCUAGAGUUGCGCGGAACACUAAUUCCGCAAUAAAUUUGCGAAUUGACUCACCUUUUCGGUAACUGUUAGAACGUUGCUGCUCUUUUACUUUAUAUAAAGACACUUUUUCUUGUAACUAAGUAACGCUGUAACGCUCUCGACCGCAAUGUUUUCAGUACUCAUGAAUAACUUGUUCUAACACUUUUCUAUUUGUAAACUCAACUCAUGAAAGCUUCAUGAGACACAUUUAAUUUGUAUUAAUUUAAUUCACUUUGUAAAUAUAAUUCAUUUAACAUUUAUUCAAAUCAAUAUUAUUUUAUUAAUAAUACAAGUAAAAAUAUGAUAUGAAAGAAUUGUAACUUUGUAAUAAAAUUAUGAAAAUAAUGGUUCCACCAAUAUACGAUUAUAUCUCCAAAUAUGAGAAACUGUUUUAGAAACAGCAGUAUUCGGAUAACGAUGAAGUUAUUUUCAUCUGUGAACACAAUAUAUUAUACACACAAAUGCAAUAGCUGUGAAACAUACACAAAGCUGGACAUUGAUUUUUAAUCACCCAGUUCCAAAAUUUUUGUUUUUUUGGUUGCAUCCAUCUAUGUGGAGAGAGCCCACCCACAACCCUACAGUAAUUUCAAUACAAGAUUCCAUUCUUACAAAAAACGUAACAAAUACAACAAAAUAUAGCACACGGGAUAUCACAAAAACGGUACAAUAUUGUGAAGCAUUUGCGUCUUAGGUAUUUUAAUUAGUUAUUUUAUUAUCACUUAGAGACUCUCUGAAGAGACGUACGAGAUGAAUGAAUUGAAAGAUAGCUUCAAUGAUAACCUGAUGUGACAUUAUCAGGAACCCAAGAGGAUGAUAUUUAUCGCGAAACCGAUUAAUAUUUAUCAAGACGGAAUAUUUCUUUAGUGAAGGUUGAUCUUGAAAAAUCUGCAUUGGUAUCCUAAUAGUAAUGGUUCAUUUUGAAUAAUAACCAAUUCCGAUCGGUACCAUUAAAAAACUUCCGACUUUCGCGUACCAAGAGGGUAGGAGAACACGUAAGGUCGAAGAUACGCUACAAAAAUUUUUUUAAAAAGUCAGCACACAAAAAUUCAAGGUAAAAAAAUCCCACAGAGCUCAUCAAAGGUUUUGAAUAAAGAUAAAGGAUAUAGCCUUAUAGCGAUUUAACUACUGAAACUUCCGAACCAAUCAACCAAGUGAUCCAGUAGUUAAGGAGAAGAGCGAUUUUUUCAUACGGUAACAACAACAAAAAACUGUCCACAGUCAUCGAAAUGCAAUUCGCAGCAAAAUGUAACGAUGCCUUAUCAGUCUGAAAGCCAGAUAGCUAAGGUACCGGUACUCAUACUCUUUGACCCAUUGCGACUUCCGCAUUCGCCGAUGCAAAAAGAGGUGACGAUUGGGAUUUCUAGUUCUGAAUGUUGACGUGCCUAGGCCUGGUUCGCAACGUUUCUUGUGAAUACUCGAAAGUAGCGGCUUUUCGUAGCGGGAACUAAAAGAUACUAUUUGAAAAAAAAAUGAAACAUAUUCUGAGGCAGUAUGUAAUUUUAGUAAAAUAACGAGUUGAAAUGGGUGCAUGGUUGUCUAUGAAUACCGGUAGCAGCAGUUUGAAAUAUAUGCCAAAGUGAAAGAAAAUUAGCCUAUUUGCUUUUGCAAAUGUUAUGAGGUAAGAUUGGAUGUGUUUCAUGCAAUAACACUAUGUCUAGCUGAAAGCUGUGAUCGGUAAUAAGGGCGGACUUUUGUUGUAAAAGUAUAUCACUUUUUUCUGAUGUUCACGAUUCGAAUACUUGCAGAAAAAGACAUUCAUGCUCAAGCUCAUGCAACAGUCUGAUCAUGAAAGCUGCUGUAUAAUUGUACAUGGAUCAUUUGGAUGGAAUAGACAGCACAUAUGUGAAGAACGUCCCUUUCUCAUUUAUGAGAAGUCACAAUUGGCAGUUUGUGGCCUAAUAUAGACUUUUGUCAUGCUAUCCCAUAUCUACGUAUACGAUGAUAGAUGACAUGAAACAUUGCUUCGGUCACUAAUAGAUUACGCCAGUGCCCUGUGAUUCUUUUUUCUAAUGUGCAAAAAAUAAAACAAUAUAUAAUCUUUAAUUUCUUAUAUCUAUUCUGCAUUUCACACCCUUAGGAAUAGUAAUCAUCCAUGUUAUGGUAGCCACCCACAGGUAAGAAACCUUGGAAUACUCAAUGAAAUUUAUUCAACUCGUGUGUGGGAUAUAAUUUAU